AUGACUGCCACAACUUUUAGCAACAACGUGGAAAAACUCUCCAAUGCCAAAGAGGAACGUAAGUUAAGAAAGCCUCUCAUCGAGAGAAAAAGACGAGAACGGAUCAAUAACUGCCUCGAUCAACUGAAAGAAACAGUAGUUGGUGCCUUUCGUCUGGAUCAAUCAAAACUUGAAAAAGCCGAUAUCCUCGAGAUGACAGUCAAACAUCUUCAGAAUGUUCAAAACAGCAGGAUGAUUGCCGAUUCUAAAAUUGGACUGGAGGCUCAGCAGAGAUAUAGUGCUGGCUACAUCCAGUGUAUGCAUGAAGUUCACAACCUGCUCUUAACCUGCGAUUGGAUGGACAAAACCGUCGGGGCGCGCUUGUUGAAUCACUUACUCAAGUCACUGCCUCGAUCCAGCGAAGAUUCGCGUCAGCCCAGACUGAAGACACCUACAGUUAACCUCCAACCUGCUCAGACUCAGCUCUCGUCGGUGACCCAUGGGAACAUGCCUUCAGUCAACGCCGCUUCCUCGGGAGCUGUGGAUUCAUUCCCUCGCUCAUCUCCAGACCAAAUCUGCAAUCCUGGAUUUAAAGCGUGCGGGAAAAACGCGGAACAAUUUCCAGUUCCUACCGCAAACCUUCAGCAACCUGCCAGCUCGCCUACCCAACAGCUCCAAGAAGAUUUAUCCUUCAUGCACCAUCCAUCGGCUGCAUCAUCAGAUGUGUGGAGACCCUGGUGA